CUUUCUAACCACCACCAAGUAAGCAACCAAGACUAAUUCAAUUCCCCUCACACUCAAUUAUAUAAACCCUAUCUUCUCCUCUACUUUACCCCUCUCAUUAUUUCUUUCAUUCUUUCUCAAAUUCAGCAAUUUCUCCCUAACUCCAUUUUAAAGCAACAAUCCCCAAUUUUGUGCCUCAAAAAACAAUGGAAAUCCCAGUAAUUAAUUUCGAAGCAGGCAUAAACUCAUUUCGUAAUCCUUCAUUAAUUUAUCGAGUUAUCUCAAAUUUCGAGCUCGGAAAAUUAUCAUAUUCUAAUAGAAUAUGGAAAUGGGGCGCUCUUUUUCUUGCUUUAGUAUAUGGUUUUAGUAGUCUUGUUAACAAAAUCAAGUUGUUAGUCCUUUAUUAUCAUAAUAAAUCCAAAUCUUUAUUAGCUGCUUCCGAACCUCUAUUAUCCUCUUUAUACGAUGAGUUUGAUAGUGAUACUGGUAGUGAUUAUGAUGAGAACGACGACGUUUGCUCCUCCUGUGAUUCUUCCUCAGACGAAGACGACGACGAAAUAGAAGAGAUGUGCAAUGUAUCUUUUGAAGACGACGAUUUCAAUGUGAAGGGUAGUUUCGAUAAUUUCAGUGAAAGCCCUAUGCAAAAGGGUAAAUUCAAGCUUAUGCGCCGGAAACGAAGCUUCGUAGACAACUUUUCGUUGUCGGAUCUCGUUAAUGGAAACGGCGUCGUUAAGCUGUGGGAUGGAUUAGGUCUAGGAGUUGUAGAUGUUGAUAAUGCGUUUUCUUUUUUGGAUUUUGAUAAUUAUGAGAAUCACGAUUUCAUUAGUAGCUCGAAUUUCAGUUCGCCGGCAGUGUUUAUCUCCGCCGGAAGCGGAGGCGGGAAGUUAGGGUUAGACAUUUGGGAUUUGAGAACCGGUGGUGAAUCACCGGUGGUUCGUUCACAGUGGCGGUCGGACCAGCGGGGCAAAAUUGUGGGGAUGGAUUCCGGACGGACCGGGAAAGUGAGCGUUAGGAAUGACGACAAAAUGCUGUCGGCAGUUGGUGAUGUAAGGAAGGUGGAUACGCCGUUGACGGAGGAAUGCGAGGAGGAGAUGCGUUGGGACGCUGACGAGUGACGGCGUAAGCAGAACGACGGAGACCGGUAACGGUAAGUGGUAAACUCGCGAAGGUGGUGGGGAUUGAGUACGAAGCGGCCUUUCUGGAAUACGGUGCGGUGGCUGACAGCUGGAUUUCCAAAGUAAAAUGUGUUUCACGCGUCGGUGGAAAAUGGAUAGACGACUAAUGUUUUGAUUCGAAGAUUUCCCUUCCAAAAUGAUGCACUACUAUUAUUAGUAAAUAUGAGUUGAAUAAUUCGUUGUAGAUUAGGCAAAAAGAUGGAGUUCUAAAAAUGAUGAACUCCUUCUUCAGUUCUUCUUUACUUUGUAAAUACGUACAAGCUACGAUUCUUUUUAAAUUGAAAAACCUUAUUUG